AUGCUUUUGAUAGCUUAAUAGAUUGAAGUAUUAGGGAAAACACAAUAAUUUGAUUAAUUAUAUUUGAUAAUUUAUUUCUAACAAUGUCUUAAAAUAAAAGUAAGUUCAAUCACUUAGAUAGUUAUCUUACUUGGCGACUGUGGAGUAGGCAAAACAACAAUUCUGCACAAGUAAGUUUACUGAAUGACUCAAGCUUCCUAGAUAUGAGUUCACAACCUGAAACCACAAUUGGAGUUUAGCAUCAUUCCUUUUCUAGAAAUAAUAUCAAAUUUUCAAUUUGGGACACGGCUGGAUAAGAAAAAUAUAGAUCAGUUGUCUCAAGGUUUUAUGCUUUAUUAUAUGAAAAUGUAGUCAUUAUAAGAGAGCGAAGGCUGCUUUAUUAAUUUACGAUAGCUCAAAGGAGGAAACACUAUUGCAUAUUGACAAAUGGAUUGAGGAAUUAAUAUUUUAGGUUGGAACUAAGAUAAUAAUGAUUUUGAUAGGAGUAUUUGAGUGAUUUUAUCUAGAAUAAGACAGACUUGCAAAAAGUUGAUUUGAAUGAAUCAGUUUAAAAUUUGUAGGAUAAAUAUGAAAUAUCCUAUUUUAUAACAACGAAUCAUAAGGAUCCUGAAUUCAAAGACAAAAUGAAUUAGGUGUUCGAUCAAAUUGCCAUAAGUACUUUUUAAUACAAUAUUUAAGAUUUGGGAUUGCUUGCUCCUAAUCAACAGUAUUCAUCAACUAAAUAAAUCUUUUCACAAAGGUAGGAGCCCACUCCGUUUAAAUCUUCCACGCUUUUUAACAACUACGCAUCGGGCGAUCAAGAAAUAAUAUAAAUUCAUAAGGAGCAGCCUUAGGAUGUCUCUGGAGGGGUUCAAAAUGAUAGACAAUCCUGUGAGUGUUGA